GCCCUCAGGCUUUCAUGGUUUCUGUGGAGGCUUCUGGCGUGAUUCUGAUUGCUCUACCUUCAUCUGUUACUGGGCCCUGUUCCCUUGCUGCUUUUAAUAUCUUUUCUUUGUUCUGUAGAUUUGGUGCUUUGACUACGAUGUGACCUGAGGAGUUUCUUUUUUGGUCUAGUCUGUUUGGUGUUCUGUUUGUUUAUGGACAUCUCUCUCUUUAAGUUGUGGGAAAUUCCUUCUGAGUUUCUUGAAAAUACGUUCCGGACCUUGGAGCCUGGAAUCUUCUUUUUCAUCCAUCCCUGUUAUUCUUAGAUUUUUGUCUUUACGUGGCAUCCUUGAUUUCGUGGAUUUUUCUGUUUGGAACCUUCCCGAUUCUCCAUUCUCAUUGAGAGAAGUAUCAUUUUCUGCAAGUGGAUCUUCAGGACCUUGGAUUCUCUCUUUCAUCUCUUGUAUUCAAUUGCUGAUGCUUAGCUCUGUGGUUUCCGAUCUUUUCUCCAAGUCCUCCAUCUCCAGGGUUUUCUCUGUUUGUGUUUUCUCUGUUGAUUCUAAUUCUGUUUUCAUGCCUUGCACCAUUUCCUUCAUCGGUUUGAAUGUGGAUUCCUGUCUUUCUGGGACGGUGUCUAUUUUUUGUUCAUUUCUGGUCUGUAUGUCACUAACUGUGCAUCUAUUUGAGCCUCUAUUUGUUUGGCCAUAUUUGCCUGUAUUUCCUUAAGAGCUUCAUUCGUUUCCUCUUCAUUUACCUUCAUUUGUUCGGCUGUUUCAUUGAGAACUUUGUCUCCUCUUCAUUAGCCUCCAUUUAGGUGGCUAUUUCUUUGAGAAAUGUGUUCGUUUCCUCUUUCUGUUCCACUGAUAACUGUAUAAGCAUUGCUUUAAAGUCAUUUUCCUGUGUUUCUGAUGAAUUGGAGUAUCCAUUGAUUUGGGGAGUCGCUGGUGAAGCCAUGAUGUCCGGAUCUCUGUGGGAUGUGUCCCUGUGCCGACUCGUUCUGACUGGUUUCGUCCUUCUCCGGCAAGGAAGGAAUGAAAGAACACCUACUUAUGAGAAUCCCUAUGAAUGUAACCAGUGUGGGGAAGCCUUUUCACAACACGGACUUCUCCACACGCAUAGAAGCUCACACCCUGGAGAGAAACCCUACAAAUGCAACCAAAGUGAUAAAGCCUUUGUACGUGGCAGUAUUCUUCGAAGCCAUGAAAGACGUCACACCGGAGAGAAAAACUACAAAUGUGUUCAGUGUGGGAAAACCUUUUCACAACCCAGUUAUCUCCACAGUCAUAAAAGAACACACACCGAAGAGAAACCUUAUGAAUGUAGUCAAUGUUGUAAAGCCUUUGCAUGUUGUACUGGUCUCCGAAAGCAUGAAAGAACACACACCGGAGAGAAACCCUAUGAAUGUAAUCAGUGUGGGAAAGCCUUUGCAUGUUGUACUGGUCUCCGAAAUCAUAAAAGAACACACACCGGAGAAAAACCCUAUGAAUGUGUUCAGUGUGGGAAAGCUUUUGCACGUUGUAGUGAUCUCCGAAAGCAUGAAAGAAUACACACCGGAGAGAAACCCUUUGAAUGUAGUCAUUGUGGUAAAGCCUUUGCACAUCGUAGUGGUCUCCACAGUCAUGAGAGAACACACACCGGAGAGAAACCGUACAAAUGUACUCAGUGUGGUAAAGCCUUUGCACAACCCAGUUAUCUCCACAAGCAUGAAAGAACACACACCGGAGAGAAACCCUACGAAUGUGUUCAGUGUGGGAAAGCCAUUGCACGACUCAGUCAUCUCCACAGUCAUGAAAGAAUACACACCGGAGAGAAACCCUAUGAAUGUAGUCAAUGUGGGAAAGCCUUUGCAUGUUGUAGUUAUCUCCAAAAGCAUGAAAGAACACACACCGGAGAGAAACCGUACAAAUGUACUCAGUGUGGUAAAGCCUUUGCACAAACCAGUAGUCUCCACAGGCAUGAAAGAACACACACCGGAGAGAAACCCUACGAAUGUGUUCAGUGUGGGAAAGCCUUUGCACGACUCAGUCAUCUCCACAGUCAUGAGAGAACACACACCGGAGAGAAACCGUACCAAUGUACUAAGUGUGGUAAAGCCUUUGCACAAUCUGGUAUUCUCUACAGGCAUGAAACAGUUCAUACUGCAAAGAAACUCGAUUGAUUUAAUCACUGCACAUUGCAGCGAUCUCUGAAGACAUGAAAGAGUUCGCAGUGGAGUGAAAACAUGAAUAUAACCAGCAAAGCCUUUGCACGUCACCUUUUUUCCAAGCCAUGAAGGAAAUCACAUGGGAGGGAAAAACUUAGGAGUGUUUUCAGUACGAGGAAACCUUUGUACAUUUCUAUGGGCUUCACGCUCAUGAAUGCAUCUCCUCACUACAAAGCUACAUACACGUCGCUCACUGCAUGUGACGUGAACUUGUCUGUAUGCCUGGACGGUCCGCGAGUCCGUGUGUCCCUCAGGGGUGUGUGUGAGGCGACUGUGGGCUGUUAGGCCACGGCAGACGUGUACAGAGUGGGAGAUGGCUUGUCGCAUCUCCUUCGCCUUCUCAAUGUGAGGACUGAGGCCUGGUUGCCGGCUUGGGACACCAGGAACCUUCCUGCAGCUCUGUGUCCCCCGAUGCCCCAAUAAGAGUCAUCGAGACGUGACGUCAGCACAACGUCGUCGUCUUUUCACACUGAACACACGGUCAUGUGACAGUUGAUGAGCUCAGGGCGAUCUGAGCCGUCAGAUCUGUUUGCAAAUGAGAGCGAGCAGCGGUUCUGGGCAUCGAGCCACGGGUUUAUCCCCAUGAACGUGUCACGGAGAGCAUGUAGGUGUGAAAGGUUGAUCCUAAACUCGUCUCUCACUCAGCCCCGAGGACCCAGAAGGCAGGAGAUUGAGAGCAUAAAAAGCAACCUGGUGCCGAAAGAAGAUUCCGAGCCAAACUCGCCACAGCAGUAUGGAAGCGUCCAAAAAAUGGCCAGGGCAGAAACUGACAGCAUACGUGUUUAAAGGCGCCCGACCACGUGGCCAAAGCUUGUCACCCGACCGAGCUCAUCCCACACGGGGUCAGUGGGCAGCACGGGAGCCCACAAGGACACGUGUCAUGUUACGCCUCGUGCAAAGAGAGAAGAACGUGAAGGUCUGAAGACCAGCUCUCCUGACGUGGUUUCUGCUUCUCCGGUGCAGACAUUCCGUUAGGAGCCCUGAGCCAUGAAGACUCCAGAUGCUGUGCAGGCCGCUGUCCUCCCUCCAGAUGCUGUGCAGGCCGCUGUCCUCCCUCCAGAUGCUGUGGAGGCCGCUGUCCUCCCUCCAGGUGCUGUGCAGGCCGCUGUCCUCCCUCCAGAUGCUGUGGAGGCCGCUGUCCUCCCUCCAGAUGCUGUGCAGGCCGCUGUCCUCCCUCCAGAUGCUGUGGAGGCCGCUGUCCUCCCUCCAGGAGCUGUGCAGGCCGCUGUCCUCCCUCCAGAUGCUGUGGAGGCCGCUGUCCUCCCUCCAGGUGCUGUGCAGGCCGCUGUCCUCCCUCCAGAUGCUGUGGAGGCUGCUGUCCUCCCUCCAGAUGCUGUGGAGGCUUUGUCCUCUCUCCAGAUGCUGUGCAGGCUUUGUCCUCACUCCAGAUGCUGUGGAGGCCGCUGUCCUCCCUCCAGAUGCU